AUGCGGCUCACCAGCGAGCUCAUCCACGAUUCCCUGUCCUAUCUCAACCCGCUCAAGGAGCGCGAAUUAGACCUUCGAGGCAACUUCCCCCUCUCACCGCGCAUAACGACUCUUCUCUUGGCAAGGAAUCGUAUCGCCAGCAUCCAGGCUAGUCUACCGAAUGCCGUGCCGAACCUGAAAAAUUUGGUGCUGGCAUCGAAUAAUUUUGCAGAAUUGGCGGAUUUGGAUACGCUCAAGGGGUUUGAGAGGCUGACUCAUUUGGUCUUGGCGGACAACCCGGUGACGAAGAAGGAGCACUACCGUUACUGGGUCCUUUGGAGAUGUCCCACCGUCCGCUUUUUGGACUAUUGCAAAGUAAAGGAAGCUGAGAGGGAGCGAGGACGAGAGUUGUUUGGGACCGAAGAAGAGCCCACGGCCUUGGCGUUGGAGAUUUUGGGCAAGAAGUCCAAGACGUUUGACAUCGCAGCUAAUGGCGCAGCACAAUCCUCCAAACUGUCCAGAAUAAAACUCACAGAAGACGAGAAGAAGCGGCUACAGGAAAAGAUAAAAAAGGCUACGAGUUUGCAGGAAAUCAUUGCUUUGGAAAAGGAGUUGAACGAGGGGCGGUUGCCGGCUGGCAUUCACGCCGAUGGCAUGGAGGAAUAG